UUGAAUUUCUGAAAUUUAAUUUUGUAGUAUAUUGAUAGCUAGUGUAACUAAGAUUAUUCCUUGAUUUGAUGAAAAUGACAUUUUUAAUUUCUAAAAGUGAAUUAAAUUUCAAUUAAGGAAUAUCAGUACCACAUACAUAUACGGUUAUGUAGUAAUACGUAUAAAUCAAAUUUUAUUCUAAGUGCAUACAAUAUGAAUUCCACCCAGGGUUUAUAUCAGUGUCGUUUAUGUUUAAAACGUACUUCUACCAAAGUUAGCGUUUUAGCUGGAGAUUUUCCGAAAAUGUUGGAAAUAUUGACUUCCAUAAAGGUAAAAGACAGUGAUGGACUACCAAAAUACUCUUGUUCUAAAUGUGCUCAAGAUGUUAAGUCUGCUUUAAUAACUAAAAGACGUAUUAUUAAAGCACAUAAACUGUUAACAGACAGUUUAAGAAAGAAGAAAGCCGAACUAGUAGAUCUUAAAAUUAAGGAAGCACUUGGAAAUCAUGAAAUUAUUACAAAAUUGGAUAGUUCAGUUGUUUUAAAUAAGCAAAUCUUAUCAGAUCCUAAUACAAGUGGUUUGGUAUUUUCAAAUUCAAGAAAACCCAAUAAUCCACAGAAACCUAUAGAAUUUGUAAAUGUUGACAAUACAGAUACUGAUUUAUUUGAAGUAAUUGAGAAAGUAAAAUCAAAUUGUGAAGGAAUAACAUUAACAAAGGUUAAACAAGAAUUACAAGAAGUGAUUAAUGAGAAAGCUCCAUUAAAGAAUGCAAUUGAUAAAGUUAUAGUUAGUGUAAAUAAAAACUUAAAGUGUGAAAUUUGUAAUAUAAUAUUUAAAGAUAAAGCUAGUUAUACAACACAUUGUGGAAAACAUAAAAAAACUAAAUGUGAAAUUUGUAGUAUUUCUAUAAGAUCUGAUAAUUUUAAAAAACACUUAUUGCUUCAUACAUCAGGACCAACUAGUUGCGAUAUAUGUGGUGCUACUUGUAAAAAUAUAGAGAGUUUACGUGGUCAUAUUUUCUAUCAGCAUAAAAGUUCUGCGAAUGAAUAUGUUUGUGAAGAAUGUGGUAAACAUUUUAGAAUAAAAUAUAAAUUUGAACUUCAUAAAAAGAAAGAACACACUGGAAUAAGAAACUUUAAAUGUCAGACAUGUGGAAAGGCGUUCUUUACUAAUGGCAAUUUAAUGACUCAUGUAAAUAUGACUCAUAAGAAGCUUAGACCUCAUAUAUGUGAAUUUUGCGGGACUGGUUUUUCAUCAUCUUAUGCUUUAAAAACGCACAAGAGGCAACAUACAAACGAAAAACCUUUUAAGUGUGAAUUUUGUACUGAGAGUUUCCGGCAAAAAGUAUCUCUACGCUCACACUUAAAAUCUAAACAUAAUGUAGAAGAACUGAAAGAACACUUUUGUGACCGCUGCGAUAAAGGCUUUGCUACAAGUUAUGCUCUAAGUAUUCAUGCAAGACUUCAUAUGACACAAAAAUGUGAAGUUUGUUCAGAGACCUUUGCAGAAAAAGAAUAUUUAACAAACCACCUAAAAGAUACCCAUAAUAUAAUUGUUGACAAUAAGGAAACAGAGGGAAAUAAAGAUGAAGUUGUGGAAGGAAAUAUAAAAUCUGAAACUAUCGAUAUAAAACCAGAAAAUGUGUAAAUUAGACGGUGAAAAUUAUUGUAAAAUAAUUAAAAUUAUUUUAAUACACUUCUGUUUUAUAUU